AUGCUAGGGCCAUUGACUCUUACUUUUGCUGUUGCAUUGCCUAUGCUGCCAGCGGCAAAUGCUCUGGGCAGAUUGCCUGCUCUAGGAUGGAACUCCUGGAAUGCAUUCCAAUGUGAUAUCAAUUCUACCAAGGUCAUCACCGCAGCUAAUGAGGUCGUUAAUCUUGGACUGAAGGAUCUGGGUUAUGAAUAUAUAAAUAUUGAUGACUGCUGGAGCGUCAAGAACACCCGCGACAAGAACACAAAUCGCCUCAUUCCAGACCCAUCCAAGUUCCCCGAUGGUAUCUCUGGUGUUGCAGAGCAAGUUCAUGAUUUGGGACUCAAAAUUGGGAUCUACAGCAGUGCUAGCGAGGUUACCUGCGCUGGAUAUCCCGCCAGUCUGGGAUACGAGACAGUCGAUGCACAGUCUUUUGCUGAGUGGGGGAUUGACUACCUCAAAUAUGACAAUUGCGAUGUCUCCAGUAACUGGACAGACACAUAUGCAUACUGUGUUCCUGAUGGUGACGGCGACCACCCUAAUGGCACCUGUCCUGACAUCACCAAUCCCGCUCCAGAAGGAUAUGACUGGAAAACGUCCAAGACUUAUCAGCGGUUUAGUGCAAUGCGCGAUGCCUUGCUCAAAAUUGACCGCACAAUCCUCUAUUCACUUUCUGAAUGGGGCCAGGCUGAUGUCAAGACCUGGGGCAAUGAAACUGCGAACUCGUGGCGCAUGUCUGGCGAUAUCACCGCGGAUUGGGCCCGUAUUGCGCAAAUUGCCAACGAGAACAGCUUCUUGAUGGACUACGCCAAUUUCUGGAGUUACCCAGACCCGGACAUGUUGGAGAUUGGUAAUGGGGACCUUACCAUCGAGGAGAACAGGGCGCACUUUGCACUUUGGGCUGUCAUGAAAUCCCCUCUGAUCAUUGGCACGGCGCUCGAUUCUAUUAACGACGACCACUUGGCAAUUCUGAAGAAUAAGUACCUUCUUGACUUCAACCAAGACCCUGUUGUUGGAAGUCCUGCUCAUCCUUAUAAGUGGGGAUACAACCCAGACUGGACUUUUGACCCGGCCCAUCCUGCAGAGUAUUGGUCUGGUGCAUCCUCUACAUUAGAGGGCACUUUGGUUCUGAUGCUGAACUCUGAGAAUGCUACUUCUACUCGCACUGCGAGAUGGAGCGAAAUCCCAGAGCUUGAGAGUCAUAAUGCAUAUCAGGUUAUUGAUGCUUGGACUGGCAAGGAUUUGGGCUGCGUGAAGAAUACGUACAAGGCUUCCUUGAAGAGUCAUGAUGCAGCUGUGUUGGUGGUCAAGGGACGAUGUUAG